AUGGGCUCGAUCCAGUGUGCUGUCGUCGGCUAUGGCAUCUUCCAGAUCUGCAAACCGACUCGCCCGCUCAACCAGCACGAGAAUGUUGUGCUGCAGACCAUUGGCGUGGCAACGGCGACCAUGCCUCUUUCGGCUGGGUUUAUCAGCAUCGUCCCGGCGCUGAAGUCCCUUGUCGGCGCUAGAUGCUCCGCUGCCGCGGCUGCCGAUAUUCUCCUACACGUCCCUGAGGGCUGCGAGACGGAGGCAAAUCCGGACCUCCUCUGCACCGGGCCAGCGAACAUCGGCGUCGAUCCCGUCGUUCAGCUCGUGUGGAGCAUGGCACUUACCUACUUUGGCAUCUUCUUCGUCGUGAUCCUCGUCGAGGAACUCCGGUUUCCAUCUGGCAUGGCCACCGGGAAGAUCAUUGAAACGCUGCACGCCUCGGGGGACGAUGAAGUUGAGAGGGCAAAGAUGUCUGCGCGGUUCAGCACGUUGAGCACGUCCUUCACCAUCUCGUUCCUCGCCUCUUUCAUCCAGAGCAUUAUCCCUCAGCUCGCCAACAUCCCGAUCCUGACCAGCUACUGCUACCCCAACUUGACCAUGCUGAGUUGGACGCUCAAGCCGUCGCUCGCGUACGUGGGGCAGGGUAUGAUCAUGGGACUCCGAGUGGCCGGCUCUUCCAUGAUUGGCGGCGCCCUUGCGUGGGGCUUUCUCGGGCCAAUGGCACUCACGAAGGCCUGGGUCGGGUUCACGGCAGAAGACAAGCCAGAUGUCGAGGGGUACCCGGACAACAUCGAGUUGUACGGCGGCUAUCCGGACAUCCUGUUCGACGCUGUCGUCGACGAGGAGACCGGCGUGUGUGCGCCCACCAUCGACCCAUCGGUGCGAGGCGAGGGGAGCGGACCGGCUAACAGCACCACUCCUCCCAACCUCAGCGAGUGCGAACAGGCGGUGAGCAGCUACGAGUACGGCGCGAAGGGCUGGCUCACGUGGCUCUCGCUCGCCAUCAUGCUCGCCGAGGCGCUCACCUCGCUCUCCUUUCUUGCGCUCAAGCAGAUUGGGCCCGCUUGCAAGGCCGCGUGCGGCGGCGACGGAGCGGAGGUGCGCACCGCCCCCACCUGCGAACUUAGGCACAUGGGCUCCAGCCCCACCGACGACGUGGAGGUUGCUCCACUGAAGCAGCGUGUGCCAGCCACCUGGUGGAUGACCGGGUUGCUCAUCGCCUCCGCGGCAACCGUCGGCACCAUCUCACCCCUCUUCAACAUUCCCUACUGGCAAUCGAUUUUGUCGGUGUUCCUGUCGUGUUUCAUCGGUGUCCUCGCUGUGCGAGCGCUCGGUGCGACAGACCUCAACCCCGCCUCCGGAGUGGGGAAGCUCUCCCAGCUCAUCUUUGCCGCCAUCCCCGGCACUGGCGUGGUCACCAACGUUAUUGCCGGUGGCAUCGCCGAGUCGGCCGCGAUCCAGGCAGGCGACCUCAUGCAGGAUAUGAAGGCGGCCCACAUCCUGCGCUCCUCGCCGCGCGCCAUGUUCAUGGGGCAGCUCAUCGGCGCAUCGGUCUCCUCGUUCGUGACCGUGGCGGCCUAUAACCUCUACCAAAACAUUUACAACAUCGGUGACCCCAACGGGGGAUUCCCCGCCCCUUCCAUGCACAUCUGGAGGGACAUGGCCGAGGUGCUGUCGAAGGGCACCGACGUGCUGGACCCAUCGGUCAUGGAUGUGGGCCUCUACUUGGUGAUCGCCGGCAUCGCAUUGCCCGUGCUCGAGGAGAUUCUACCUACGGCACUCCACGCCUUCCUCCCUUCGGGCGUUGCACUUGGCAUGGGCAUCUACGUGACGCCCAACUGGAUUUUCCCGCGCUUCGUCGGCUCACUCUGGGAGCUGGUCUGGCGCAAGUGCGCCCCAGAGCACUACGAUACGCACAUGUUGAUGGUAGCUUCCGGCCUCGUGCUCGGCGAAGGCUUCUUCUCCAUCUUUGCGCUCGUCAUCGACGGCGUGGGCAUGCCCAAUGCCACAUGA